GCGGCCACGGCGCUGGGCCCCGGGCGGAGCUGCGCAAUCGUCGGAGCUGCGCACCGACUGGCGGCGGACUGGCGGCGGGAGCUGAGCCCACAAGUUGCAGGCAGCGGAGCGCCACCUUGUCCUGUUCGCAGCCCCUGCGCCCACCGGCUGCGGCCGGCGCCAGGACGUUCAGCCCUCCGACGCUGACCCCAGAUGUAACAGCGGGACCGCGGCCCCUUCUCCUUCCCAGCACGAUCCACAGAGUCUCGCCUGCUUCUCCGCUGCCCAAAACCUAAGGCUGGAAGAUGUGGCAGCCGGCUACUGAGCGUCUGCAGCACUUCCAGACCAUGCUGAAGUCUAAAUUGAAUGUCCUAACACUGAAAAAGGAACCUAUACCAGCAGUCAUCUUCCAUGAGCCGGAAGCCAUUGAACUAUGUACCACCACACCACUGAUGAAGACAAGGACUCAUAGUGGCUGCAAGGUCACCUAUCUGGGGAAAGUUCCCACCACAGGCAUGCAGUUUUUGUCUGGCUGCACUGAAAAGCCAGUCAUUGAGCUCUGGAAGAAACACACACUGGCCCAAGAAGAGGUUUUUCCGGCCAAUGCCCUCCUAGAGAUCCGUCCAUUCCAAGUGUGGCUUCAUCACCUUGACCACAAGGGUGAGGCGACGGUGCACAUGGAUACCUUCCAGGUAGCCCGCAUUGCUUACUGCACAGCUGACCACAAUGUGAGCCCCAACAUCUUUGCCUGGGUGUACAGAGAGAUCAACGAUGACCUGUCUUACCAGAUGGACUGCCAUGCUGUGCAAUGUGAGAGCAAGCUAGAGGCCAAGAAGCUGGCUCAUGCCAUGAUGGAGGCCUUCAGGAAGACUUUCCACAGUAUGAAGAGUGAUGGGCGGAUCCACAGGAGCAGCUCCUCUGAAGAGGCUUCCCAGGAAUUAGAAUCUGAUGAUGGCUGAAGGAAUUUAAGAUGUUCCAUCGAAGGCAGCGUUUGGGCAAGGAAUUUCAGAAGAUAGGUGCAUUUGCAAUGAUUCAAAUUUGGUAUGAAAAGGCUGACCAUGCUUUUUAAAUUCAGAAGAGCAAUUCUAAAUCUAAAGAAAUGUAUCAUUAAUUAUGUGACAUUGAAAUCUGCUGCUGCUGUGACCAUGAGGAGAGUGGGUGUAUGGGCGGAGAGGAAGGUUCCAGACUGUCUUCUUGGUUUUUUCUCCUAUUCCAACACUUCCUGGUGGGAGAUCUCCACGCCUAUUUUCACCUUUCUCAGGCAAAUACUAUCUGGCUGUAGUCUGAUGGACUGUUCCAAUCUGCCUUAUGAAAUCCAACAAGAAUGUUAAAGGCAUCUUUGUGAUCCCUAGGCUGGUGGGUGGUAUGGGGAGGUGAUGCUGGUGUGGAGGCCGCAGGAUGGAAGGGACACGUCCAGUCCAGAUAACUGACUGAUUGUUCCUCUCUCUUGGCAUGUUUGCAGACACUCUCCUCAGUACUGGUGAAUCAGCAGAACUUGGAUUGAGCUUUUACAACUAACAGCACGCUAGAUGGAAGUUAAUUUGCAGUUCUUUAACUGCAGUAAUACUUUGAUUCACAUUGUAUUUACUUCAUCUAUUUUCUUAGAAUCCUUGCAACUAAUGAUCAUUUUCCUCCUCUUACCCCACCAUGUUCUUUCUCCUUCCAGCCUCCCCAAGGGAUGGAGGCUCAACAUACUGCAGGACUCCAACAGGGAAGAAAAUAAUAAGUUAAUUAAAUAAACAGUCAGCAGACCUACCAGGAGUCUCAGACACCAGAAACCCUAGAACAAAAGGGGAAUGGGUGACCCAGGGAUAUAGAGGUUGCCCUUAUUAGGUCCUGAUUUAUAGCAACUUACUUGGUUAAGUCUUAUUGGAUGGCUCCUUCAUGGAAAGUUUAAACUCUGACAUGACAUUGUCCGGGAAGUCUUGCUCCAUCAUUCAACCUUGAACUCAUGUAGGGAAUGAGUGAUCAAGUCAGUUUGCCUAGAAAUCCCAUGUCUAUCUGGAAACCUAAAGGGAAAUGUGACCUUAUUGUCCUUAAGUCAGUAAUAUCUUAGAGUCAGAAUAACCCCUUUGACUAUCAAUUCUGAAGAGAAAUUAUCAUUGAUAGCUUGAGAUCUCUCAAUUGAGAUCUCAAGAUCUUUGCAUAUCAUAAUCAUGGAAAGUAUUCAUUAAAAUAUACACAUUUAAGAUGAAUAGUCACAUUAAGAGGGCACAUGAGCCACCUUUUCAAGUGAUGUUGCUCUUUUAAAAGGUGUGUUUUAUUUCUGGUGAUGCUAAGGGCAAUGGGGCACCUUAGAAGCCUUAAGUGAAAGCUAAUAUAAUCCAGACAGCAAUGGUGUUGGUAUUUUAGUCUGUGUACCCAUGUGUCCAUGUAUGUGUGUGUGUGUGUGUGUGUGUGUGUGUGUGUGUGUGUGUGUGUGUGUUCCCCAUGUGGGUCCAGUUUCAAGGCAUGUACAAUAAGCAUGGAGUUGUUUGGUGAGGACUCACCUCCUGAAGAUAUGCUUGUUGCUUUAUGACAAUUGUAAACUAUUCUUUAGAUAAAUGCAUUCACUCUUUAAUAAAAAUAUGUUUGUGUUAAUAAAGC